CCUGAAUAAGGACUGCCCACAACUCCACGCUUGCACAAAGAAUGCAUGCACCAUUGUGCCUUUUUAUGUGCUGUUAAUUUAUUUUUGAUGAAUGGAGGUUCUCAUGAAGGCCAGGAUUGUACUGGUGCUGACUGCUGUGUGUAUAAAGACAGUCGCUGGUUACCCCGAUGGAAAAGUGACGAAGUCUUGCAAGGACAUGACGCCACUCCACGGUCAUGAUCCCAGUACCUCAGAUCCACCAUACACCAUCACAGCAGACAAAUCCCGAUUCAGCACUGGAGAUGAAAUCCAAGUGACAUUACGCGCAGAUUCUUCAGGGUCCAAAGCAUACUUCAAAGGAUUUCUCAUAGAAGCGAGGAAUGCUGGAAAUCUCAACGAAGCAGUGGGAUCGUUUCAAUUAGUUGAUCCCACCAUAUCUCAGCUUCUUCGGUGCAAUGAUAAGGAUGGUUCUGCAGUGAGUCACACCCAUAAAGAUAAAAAGACAGAAGUGCAGGUGGUCUGGAUUGCCCCACAAGACCCUCCCUCCAGUGUGCGGUUUCUGGUAACUGUCCUUCACAAGUACAGUGAGUAUUGGGUGAAGAUUCCUGGUCCGGUGGUGACUCAGUAUGGUGUAGAUCCACCCCCAGCGGAAACUACCGUCGGGGGUUCCAGUGAUGCCAAAACUACCACAGCUUCAUCCAUGCUGUCCCAUUCGUUCACAUCUGAGGGAUGUGGAAGCAGCAAGUCCUGUCUGAGAGAUCCAGAUGGCUGUAACCCACAAAAUCUCACAUCGUGUCACUUCCUAUCCUUCAGGAAAGAGGAAACUAGCAUCGUGUUUGAACUCAGUGGACCCGCAGAGGGAUACGUGUCUUUCGCCUUAUCUCUGGACAAAUGGAUGGGGAACGAUGAUGUGUAUCUGUGUAUGAGAGACACAAACCGGGUUGACGUCAAGGCUGCGUUUGUUUCUGGACGAACACAUCCAGAAAUCUCUUCGGAGAACGCUCUCAAAGAUACAGCGUGGAGACUGUCAGAUGGAGUGAUUCAGUGUAGCUUCCGGAGAGACAUAAUCCCAUCUGACAAUCAAAAACGCUUCCCUCUUGACCAGCGCUACUACCUUUUCAUGGCACACGGUCGAGCCGAAGAUGGCCAAACCCAUCGUCACGACCGUCAACCCUUAAUUUCAUCCAAUCAGAAAGAUCUUACGGGAGAACCAGAGGAUCUGACUGGUUCUCGUUCGCCUCUACUCCUCAAAUACCACGGUGCCUUCAUGUUGAUCGCUUGGAUGUCAACGGUCAGCGCUGGCGUCAUCAUUGCACGUUAUUUCAAACCCGAUUGGCCAGAAAGUAAUAUUUUGGGGCAGAAAGUCUGGUUUCAGUUACACAGAGGACUGAUGACCCUUACUCUUCUGCUCACCCUUGUUGGUUUUGUUUUGCCUUUUAUGUACAGAGGAGGAUGGAGCAAGCGGGCAGGUUUACAUCCCUAUCUUGGCUGUGUUGUCAUGUCGCUCGCAGUUAUCCAACCCGUUAUGGCACUUUUCAGACCCGCGCCAGAAGCCUCGAGGAGAUACAUCUUCAACUGGAUGCACUUUGGAACGGGCACAUUAGCACAAAUCGUGUCUGUUAUCACCGUCUUUCUUGGCAUCCAUCAGCAAGCUCUGCUUCUACCCGCUCCCUGGUCCACAGGACUCCUGGGGUUCAUUGUAGUCUGGUUUGUGCUGGCAGAUUUAGUUCUGGAGGUCCACAGAAGAGGCUUUUUACCGAUAGGGAAAUAUUUCCAAAACGUUAAAAUCUACACAGAACACAUAAAUUCUGAGGACAAAGAGGAAAUAAUGUUUGUUCAGGAUGAGAAUGAGAGUUUACGUACGAAUUCCUGUUUUAAAAACAUUAUUCUGGCUGUGUAUCUCUGUGGAAAUCUGGGAUUUCUGACGGUUUUGCUUUGGACCAUCAUUUCAGUAUGACACUGUCAGCUGUAGUUUAAUCUCUGAAAGCUCUGACAUUUUUAGCUAUUGUACCAAUUAAAUUAAGCCUUAAUGAUGUCGUACGAUUUGAGGUAGCCAAUCACAGUCAUCUAUUUGAAAUUAAGUUUCAUGAUUCGUGCAUAAAUCUAAAAAGAAAACAUCAUUUCGUUAUUUGUUAUGGAUUUUGAUUCGUUUUUGUAUGUUUAGCAAUGACUUUAUAUUAUGUAUAUUGUAGAGAAAUGUUUUUGAUAAAUACUACUGAUUGGCUUUUUAACAUUUGUAAAAUCAGACGUAUAGUCUUUUUAUUUGACAACAGUAAUGUUUACUGAUUGUUGAGUUGUAAUCUGUGUAGCUGGUGUCACCUUUUUCCAAAGUUUUACAUAAUAUCCUUGAUGUCUGGAGGAAUGUGUCCCAUGUUUUUGUAUUUGACCACAGUGACCUCAGAUAAACAUACACAACCUCAGAUAAACAUGCAAAACAACAGAGAAAUGUGUCAGUAUCUAGUUCAGAUCAAGUGGACCAGCUUUUUGCGCUGUAAUAAGAAUUUAAAAUAAUAAAUGGUGCUAAAA